AGGUUUGUAGUUGCAGCAAUCACGCAUGGCUCUCUCCAUCAGUUCGGAAGCAGAUCAGGUAAUUUUUGAAGACAUUUUGGGAGGAAGAAAAGUGAUACUUAACAGACCAAAGAAAAUGAACACCCUCAACUAUGAGACGAUAAGAAGAAUGUAUGAGCAAUUAAAGAUUUACGAGAGUGAUCCAACAAUUAAGAUUGUUAUUCUGAAGGCAUAUGGGAAAGCUUUUUGUGCCGGUGGUGAUGUCACGUCUGCCGUUAACCUUGCAGCUUUUGGACAUUGGAGUUUCGUGAUGAGCUUUUAUUGUAAACAAUUUUCUCUCGACUACCUACUUGCAACAUAUAAGAAGCCAAUGGUUUCAAUUCUAGAUGGAAGCGUUAUGGGAGGAGGAGUUGGGAUAUCCAUACAUUCCACAUUUAGAAUUGUUACCGAGAAUACGAUAUUCGCGAUGCCUGAAGCAUCGAUUGGCUUGUUUCCUGAUGUUGGUGCAUCAUAUUUUCUAUCACGACUUCCAGGAUUCUUUGGAGAAUAUAUAGGUCUGACUGGUGUUCGUUUAGAUGGAGCUGAGAUGCUCGCGUUGGGGCUUGGAACUCAUUACAUCCCGUCCAAGAAUUUACAAUCUAUGGAGAAGGCUAUAGAAAAAAUGGUUGCUUCAUCAGAUGCAAUAAGUGUAGCAACAAUGUCCAUGGUUAUUAACAAGUUUGCACAAGAAGUAAAUGUUAAGCCGGGUAGUGUUACUGAUAGACUGAAAAUGAUCAACCAAUGCUUCUCCGGAGAAACAUGUGAAGAAAUAUUAUCGUCACUAGAACGUUUGUCUAUGCAAGUACAAGAGAAGUGGAUCAACCAUGCAAUAACAUCAAUGAAAACCGCAUCUCCAAUAUGUCUCAAGAUUUUCUUGAAAACAAUUAGAGAAGGCCGAUCCACCCAUAUCGAGCAAUGUCUUGGGACUGAAUACAUUGCUCUCUCUCACAUCCUACGCAAAACAGUUAGCAACGACUUCUACGAGGGAGCUAGAGCUAUGUUGAUAGAAAAAGAUAAGAAACCCCAGUGGGGACCCCCGAAACUAGAGAAAGUUAGUGACCAAAUGGUGGCCCAAUGCUUUUCAAGAUCGUUUAGCGUAGACGAUGAUUGGCUACCUUUACGACUUCCACCAAGAUUUGAUGAAACAAAUGAUAGAAGAUCAAAACUCUAGAACAAAAGACUCCUAAAACUUAAGGUUCUUGGUCUUUUGUAAUAAGCAUUUGAAGUCCUUCGAAACUCUGAAUAAUAUUCCUUUCUUGUUGCUUUAUACAUAAAUAUAUAUGGUCAAUCUUAAAUAAAUAAACAUUUUUAUUUUAUUGCUAAU